AUGGCACAACCCUCGAUCUGGCAGAUUGUUGGCCAGGCCGUGGAGAGCGCCUCCGUGUCCAUGGCCGACCCACUUGUUCAGCAACAGGCUGCUGAGGGUGCCGUGCUCCGCGCCCAUGCUGCUUUCGUAGCCUACCCGCUGGACGUUUUGAAGACGCAGGUUCAGUCGGGGCAUCCGAAGUACAGCCGUCUCUCCAGCUUACCCAGCUUGAUGAAGGAUUACAAGCUUCGCAUCUUCAGGGGCUACCCCGGGGUGGGCGCAAACUCCUUCAUCAUGGGUGCUCUGAUGUUUGGUGGCUAUCGGUUCUUCGACAACUUUUGGAAGCUGAACAAUGUGCCGGAUUACUGGCGGCCCGCACUCGCAGGGGCAAGUAUUGGAGCCCUUUGCGGCUUCGUGGCUACUCCACUGGAGCAGGUUAAGACAAUUAUGGCGCUGCAGGAAUCCUGGUUGAAGGAGAAGAAGGUGAAAGCCAGGAUCUACACCUCAGUUCUGCAAGGAGCAUGGCAGGCUCCCUUGAGGCUGAAGUUUUACGCGGCCACGCCCUUGAUAAUCCGAACAUCGCUCUUUGAUGGUCAGCUCUUCUUCUACAACAGCCGGCUGAGGGAGUGGGUCGCGCACGACGGAGUGGCUUGCUCUUCGGGCACGCGGUUCUUUGUCAGCACCGUGGGCUUCAUGUUCGCAGGUCUGAUUGCAGCGACGGUGAACUACCCCUUUGACAGGGUCAAAGGCCUGAUGAUGGGUGAGGCCUACCAGGCAUCCAUCGGGGAAGUGGCCCAGCGUUCUACGAUUGGAACUUUCCGAUCCAUUUGCCAGAAGCAUGGCAUCCUCGGCCUCUUCCGCGGUCUGCCCACCAGAUCCAUGCUACAUGCGGUGGUGUGGUGUACCGUAGGCUUGGGCAGAGAGGCCUGCGAAAGACUUGGCCUGCGUGAGUCGGCCAAAAGGCGAAGUGCUGAGAGGGGAUGCAGUCGAAACCUGACUGCCUAG